AUGCCCCUGAGGCUGAAGGCUCAACGACAAGGUGAGAGGGACGAGUCGCCCGCUCCCGAGGCGUACCGCCAUGAAUGGGACCUUCCCCACAUUGAGCAGCACGAGUCGUUCCAGGAAGUCAUCAAGAAGCUUUCUCUUCACGUCUCGAACAAUAGCUUCUUUACCGAUGUAGUAGACCUCCCCAGCAGCUUCGAACAAUUGCGAACAACAUCAGCCGGAGAUGGCCUCAUGGCCCUGGUCGAGCACCUUGGUCAUACAUGCACGAACAGAACUAUCGUCAGCGCACUAUUGUCGCUGCGAUGGCAUUACGUCACGGAUAAGGAGCACAGGGGGUUGAGUGAAGCUCGCGGAAACGCGUGCGAGAUUGUAGCAUGGCGCUUCCUCACUAGUCUUUCAGAGCGAGAAGCAGUCGACUACUGCCUCUACGAGAUCCCCGGUAAAGAGGCGCUCGACGCAACGGCGCUCAUGUCGAGCAACACGUUUCUAUACCGCAACGAGGAAUCGACCGAGUACUCUCCACUGUUAGGGAACAGCGCACUGAACGGCUCAGGAAGGCCGUCUGUAGGCUCGAACAGACGUGCCCAGCUGAUGCAGGCGAUCCCAAAACUUACCAUGGUGGCCGAUGUCGAUUCCGAUUUCGAGAACAACCCCGGCGACUUGAAUGGUGAUAACGCAGCGUACAACCCGUUAACGGGGCAGGCGGACCCCAAUUCCACAUUCAAGAACCUUAACGCGCUCGAGAUCGCAGCCAUCGCAAACGCAAAACGGUUCUUGAGCCAGUACAUUGUGCAAAAAAUCAUUACCGGUCUUUGGAAUGGUGAUAUCAUCUUCUGGGACUCGGUGUCAGCGACAGCGACCCGGAUGCCUCGCUACUAUAAUCCCGGGACAACUGACCCUUACUCCCGUCUCCGAGUACCCAAGUACCUGAAAGCAUGGGAGGCAUUCUUCUUCGCCAUAUUUCUUGCCCUCUACUAUAGUGUUGUGGUUCAUCGCGACCUUACCUCUAUCCCGAUGGUAGAGGUAGCUUUCUAUGUCUGGCUGGUCUCGUUCUUGUGGGACGAGUUCCAGGAGUGGGCCGACGCCGGAAUCUUCUACAUGACGGACAUCUGGAACUUGUUCGACAUGAGCAUGAUAACGCUUGGUGUUACAUUUGCCGUCCUUCGUGUCAUUGGCAUCACGAUGAGUAGCCUCGCCGUCACCAACACUGCAUUCGACAUUCUUUCUCUCGAAGCCCUCCUCGUGGUACCUCGCAUCUUCUCCUUCCUCAGUCUCAGCCCCUAUUGGGGCACGCUCAUCCCUUGUCUCAAGGAGAUGGGCAAGGACUUCGUCAAAUUCAUGAUCCUUGUCGUUAUAGUCUAUCUCGGCUUCUUGACUACUUUCUCCCUCAUCUCCCGUGACACAUUCACGUUCGGCAAUAUGACCUGGGAGAUCACCAAGAUUUUCUACGGCAAUACAAACAUCGCCUUUCGUAUCAUGAAUGACAUUGACGCCAACUUUGGUCCGCCCCUGAUGCUUCUGUUUAUCACUCUGAGCUCGAUUCUCCUCACAGGUACCCUAACCGGUAUGCUCUCCAACAGCUUCGGUCGUGUCAUGGCACAGUCCCGCGAAGAGUAUCUCUACGUGUACAGUGUUUACGUCCUGGAAGCAUCGACCAGCUCGCGCUUGACCCAUUUCUUGCCGCCCUUCAAUAUAAUUGCACUCGUUUUCUUCAGACCGUGGCGGUUCAUCUUCCCCAAAGAUGACCGCUUCCGUCAUUCUCGCGUUGUCGCCCUCAAAAUUACACAUGCCCCGGUUGUCCUUCUUAUUCGGCUUUACGAGUCACUGUGCCGCAAGAUAGCGGGAACGAGUAUUUUGGCAAAGGAAGCCGGGCAGAGUUUCUCAGGAGGCCGCACGAGGAGCAACUCGCAAGCUCCACCACCACCGAGACACCGCGAUACCCCGGCCGGACGCUCUCGAACCGGAAGGGACCGCGGCUCUGGAGAGCUACCAGCAUCGUACCGUCGGCGGUUCAACUCAUUGUCAGCGCAGAGACGGCCUCUCGGCUACUCAGAGUAUCUUCGCCCAGGGUACCGCCCGUCGCCAGCGACAGGGACCGACUGGGGUGCCGCGGAGGAGGGUGAUCACUCCGAUCAUAGCCCCAGCAAUUCUGAGCUUAUGCGACGGAUCGAGAAGCUUACCGCCAUGGUGGCGACGUUGCAGGAGCAUCAAAAUCAACAAGCUCAGCAUCGGACAUCUGCAUUGAGAAAUGAGGAAGAGACCCUUGUUUCUGUGUCGUAG